GUUCUAAACUGGUGAAGUUGUGAUUCCAUGCUUGCUUUUUCUGAUUCAGUUUGUAAUGGAUGCACUGUGGACAAUGAAGCCGAUUGGAAGUCUCAAGUCGGUGUUCCAGGCUAAGAACGGAACUCCUCGACAGUCAGGGCUGUGCAGCAGUGCCAGGGGAUCUCUCACCAUCGAGAAGUCGGUCUUUAACAAUCCACAACAUUCACUGGAGGGACUCGAUCAAUUCUCUCACAUCUGGCUGAUAUUUGUGUUCCACAAGAACAACAAUGUGCACAGUAAGGCCAAGGUGAGACCACCCAGAUUGGACGGGCGUCGUACAGGCGUGUUCUCAACCAGGUCGCCCUACAGACCCAACGCCGUCGGAUUAACUCUGGCCAAGCUCGAUGCUGUCGAAGGUGCUACACUCCAUCUAUCUGGAAUAGAUAUGAUAGACGGGACUCCUGUUCUAGAUAUCAAACCUUUCAUCCCAUAUUGUGACAUGCCCACAUCUUCUGAUGUGUCUGCUGCAGUGACACAUUCUGAUGAAAGGUCAUCACAACCAAAUACAUCGAACCAAUCCACACAGUCUUCAUUGUCAGAAGAUGAAAGACAGAGUCUUCUUAACCAAUUGACACCUGCAACAAAUGGAUCAGCUUUGAUGGACUCAUCAUUAUUAAAUACCAGUAUCCCAUCUAUGACUUGCCAGUCUCUCGCACAGCAAACCAUGAUAGACUCUCGUCAAUGUAAUGAUUCUACCGUUUCAGUGGAUACACCAGCAGCGUUAUUACAAGAUUCUGUUGACAAUUUUACGCUGAAUCAAGGUGCAGUGGGUUUUGAAAAAGAACUGCAGUUGUCGACAGCUGUCACAAACAAAUAUUAUGAUGAUCGCAGUGAUGGUGACAAGGUUUUGGCCUCGCAGACAGUUGUGCAAGAUGAUGAUGAUGUUUCAAGGACAUGUUUUCCACCCUUAGUCACGACGUGUGGCUCUGAUGUUGUCUCCAACAUGAACAAGGACAUUGUGGGUGACGAGACAAUGUGUGCGUUAAAAGAAAGAAAGAAUGGCAGUAAUCUUGACUCUGGUUUAACCAAUGGAAGGAAUAUUUAUAAAAAUGAUUCAGAUUUUCAGACAAGGUUCAAAAUGGACAAAUUCAGUAGGACUCCAGAAUUAUCUCCAGAUUCACAAGGUAUAACGACAGCAAAUUGGGUAAAUGAUCCUUUGGUGGCCAAGCUUAAUGUACGUCUUACAAAUUUCGCCCGGGAGCAGUUAGGACAUUUUAGUUGCACAGCAAGUGACGAGCGAUACAAACUGUUUCACUUGCAGCACACGGACGAGCUGUUGUCGGCGAUUGAGGCGGUGUUACGCGAGGACCCACGCUCGGUGUACCGGAGGAAACAGUGUCCGGACUCGCUUUACUUCUUCACAGUGGAUGCCGCUCACGUCACCUGCUGGUUUGAUGCAGACACGGCACAAGUUGUGAGAGUCAAACCUAGAGUGCUAGUACCACACUGUUCAUAGUCGUUACUAAAGUCCAAACCAAAUAUGAUAAAGUACUCUCCUAGUCAAACCUAGAGUGCUGUAUCACACUGUUCAUAGCCGUUACUGGGGACCACAGGUGUAAGGAGACAAUUUUUUUUUUUUAAAUAAACGCCACAAACAUUUAA